AUGAUAACUCCUACUCUCCGAGACGACGAUGAGGAAAGCGGCGAGGACGAAGCCAAAAUGCUCCUCAUAGGCGAUAAUGGGAUCGAAGGUGAGAGUUUCUCUCCUCUGUGUGACGGUGCACCGGAGCUACAGCAGUACAACAUCAGCUCGAUUGAGUCAACGGUCGUGAUCCGUCAAAUGACGUCACAGGGUCUCUCCUUCCAGCUUUGGCCAGCCGCUUCUACUUUCGUCACGCUGCUGGAUAAUUACCGCAGUGACCCUAGCAACAGCCCCCUCGCCGCAACACUCUCGUCGCUAAAAUCCGACGGUCCUGAUUCAUCAUCCUCUCCGUCGAUAAACAUACUCGAGCUCGGAUCCGGAACCGGCGUCGUCGGGAUCGCUGCGGCGGCCACUCUCUCUGCUAACGUCACGGUGACGGAUCUCCCACACGUCCUCGACAACCUCAGCUUCAACGCCGACGCGAACGCUCAAGUUGUGGCGAGGUUCGGCGGCCAAGUCCACGUGGCAUCAUUACGAUGGGGAGAGGCUGAUGACGUGGAGCUUCUGGGCAGGAACGUUGACCUGAUCUUAGCGUCUGACGUUGUGUACCACGACCAUCUCUACGAGCCUCUGCUCAAAACGCUGCGUUUAUUGAUGACGACGAUGCAGUCAGAGGGGAAGAGGUUCAUUUUUCUAAUGGCUCAUCUAAGGAGGUGGAAGAAAGAAUCUGUCUUCUUCAAGAAAGCUCGAAAGCUUUUUGAUGUUGACGUUAUACAUUCUGAUGUUCCUCCACAAGGUUCCAGAAUCGGCGUUGUGGUUUACCGUUUUGUGACGAAACAACCAAAUCAAAAUGGUCGAGUUGUUUCAUGUUAA